CAGAGCGCGAGAGGACCCAGUCCUCUGAAAGAGGCCUGUUAGAGACAACAAGGAUACGCUGGAUUCUGGAAACACUGCUCGACCGCGAUGGAGACACAACUGGCAAUUACAGUUGUUUCAGUUUGACCCUGUCGUGAUUCCCCCUAAAACAUAUAUUUUUCAGUUUUUCAUUUCCUCUUCGCGACAGAGCAACGGGAAUGGAGCAAGCACCCAGCGCGCCGAGCCCUCCUCCAAAACCGGCUCACCACGAGCCCAUCAGCUUCGGCAUUGACCAGAUUCUGGGAGCCGGUACGGAGCCAGAAACCGGGCGCACUUCAGGAAGACAAAGUGGAGUCGAUCUAAGCAACGGGGACGGUUAUUACAGUUUAGGAAGCCAGACCGGGGCCAACGCGCCCUCAUACACCGCGCUAUCCAUCUCCCUCUCCGGUAUAAUGCCUCCGGUGGAGGCGUCGGGUUCUUACGGGGAUAGCAGGAGUCUGCCAAGCCGGGGAGUGAUUCGAGUCCCGGCACACAGACCCAUGACAGCCCUGGGACCCCCGGCCCCCGUGCAGGGCGCUAUCCCUGGGUUUGGAGGGCUGUGCUUCCCCUGGAUAGGAAACAGGUUCGCCAAGGACAGAUUAUCAGCUGCUCUGGUGCCAUUCGCCGUAACACGGCGGAUAGGACAUCCGUACCAGAACCGCACGCCACCCAAACGGAAAAAGCCCCGUACUUCCUUCUCCAGGGUUCAGAUCUGCGAGCUGGAGAAGCGUUUCCACCGGCAGAAGUACCUGGCCAGCGCCGAGCGGGCAGCCCUGGCCAAAAGUCUGAAGAUGACAGACGCACAGGUCAAAACCUGGUUCCAGAACCGCAGGACCAAGUGGAGGAGACAGACAGCCGAGGAGAGGGAGGCGGAGCGUCAGCAGGCCAAUCGCCUGAUCCUGCAGCUGCAGCAGUCCGCCCUCCAGAAGUCCCUCAGCGAAUCAGCGGUGUCGGAUCCACUAUGCGCGCAUAACUCCUCCCUGUACGCCCUGCAGAACCUCCAACCCUGGGCCGAGGAGAGGGAAUAAACACUCUAAUCGAUAGGCAUUAGCUAUUAUCCCUGGGAGGAUAAAUAAAAUAAAUGAGUCCUACAUGAGGACUAACACUAACUAUGAUCCAUGCAAUGGAUAAAAAAAAGUUGGACCUGAUAAACUGAGGAAUUGGUCACAGCCAAUUGAGUGGACGGUUGAGAAAAUGGACCGGAAAUGAUGGUGAGUGGUGUUUGUUUUGGAGAAGAGACAGAACUUUCUUGGAGUAAAUCUUGCAACUCUGUUCUUUGGAACCGUGAGCCUUUUUCCAAUCGAAAAGGGAAACUGAACUUUAACAAUUCUUGUCAAAACAUUAUUGUCCUCUUAUGCGUGUACCAAUUAUGUUUACUAGGAUAAGAGGGAGAAAUAUUUGUGUUAACCCCUUGACUUAAAGUAACCAUUUUGAAACAUCUUGAAAGGGUUGGCUUUGUUUCUAUAGGGGAAAAACACCAGCCAUAUGAAGGCAAGGCCUACACCCGUUUAAACAGAUACAUAAGAGAACCUGCUCAAAAAUGUAUCUGAAAAAAAUAAUAAUUAAGAAUCCUGCUUUGUUUUAUCCAAAUACACAAAAAUAUGUCUUCACAAGAUUAUAUUUUUGAAUGUUCUGGUGCUUAACAUUUUCUUCCAAUCUCAUUUAUAAAUGCAACACCACAAUUACCUGUGCAUACAAAGGUGUGGUGUACCAGAGUAGCCCAAUAAAUGGUGCCUAAAAUGUUAUAUUAUGGGAGAUAAAUGCUUUUGUGCACAGUAAUAAAAAGAAAAUAGAUGUCAGGAUUAGAGGGGAGAGAAGUGAAGAAAAUAUGAAGGAGGCUGUAAGUUGGGUAAUAAAGGGAGUGAUGCAUGUUCAGUUAUGGUGGUGACGUUUUUUUCAUAUGCACAUUAUCUAUCAUGCUUUAUUUGUGUGUCCUCCGGGAUUGAGGCACAAAUGUACAACUCUUUUGUACUUUCAUUGUAUAUGUGUAAAUAACAAUAUAAACUGUUCUUGUGACCCCUUUUGCUCCUGCUCUUUAUGGCGCACUAUAAAAAUGGUUUCAC